AUGUCGACGGAUGUUGAAGCAUUAUUCAAGGAGAAGUCUAUCCCCGAUAUAAGAGACUACAAUCUUGAGGUUUCACAAGAAAUUACGAGAACUAGAGAUGAAUUCAACCAGCAGUUAAGGGGAAGAUAUGAAGAAAUCCUCGACGUGACGCAUGAGGUUCGGCGCCUACUUGCGCAAUCUAAAGAGGUCGACUCAAAAUUGAUGGACUUAUGCUUCAACGAUACAAAGUACAAAUUAGAGAGUAUAUCGGAGGUGCAACUUGGCAGCCACAAGAACUCAGCAGGCCGUAGCAACGAAAACACGUACGUCGAAAAUGCCCAGUGCAUAUUGAUUCUUACAAAUUGGAUUCAAGCGGUGAAAGUUUUCAUGAAAGACCCAUGCUCUAGCAAAAAUUUGGAUGAAGUUCUUGCCAAAUUUCAAACUAUCGAGUCCUCUACACCGGAUUCAUCUUACUCCGGAAUGAUCCUCAAGCAUUGUGCUCGUAUGGAAAGUUUUAUAUUGGAGCAAAAACCAGCAUUCAAUCCUUUACAAUGGGUUAAGGUUCACAAUUUAUUUCAUGAAGGGCAAAACCAGUUUGGGUUUAAACAUGCGGAGGAAAUUGAGGCUCUGGCAUACGAUGCUUUGCUUACCAACGAGGAUUUAAUUCACCAUCCUUCGAGUGCGAAUAUCGAUCCAUUAGUGCAAAAUUUCAUUGGGAGCGCGGUCUUUAAGCAGAGAUUAAUUGCGAGAUUCACUGAUAACAUUCAGCAACAUUUUGAAAAAUACGAAAAAGCAAGGCAGAUAACGAGUGAGGAAAUUAAAGUUUAUCAACUCAGUGACGAAAGAAAUUUAGCACAAUUCGUACAGAACGUCAAUCUUUAUUGCUUUGGUUUUACUAAUGUAGUGGGCCAAAAGCUGAAUGAUCUAAUUGAAGACGUUAUUGAAUGUCUGCGCAACUUGAAAGCGGCUGGCGCUGAUGAAAAGUGCAUGAACCCCAUCAAAGAAAGAAUUAUUGCACUGUUGGAUGAGGAAAUUAACACGCGGCAGUCAGCUAGUGAUGAAGCUACGAUCUGCACAGAGAUAUCGGAGAAUGAACUGGAUGUAAUUUCGGAGAAUGAUAAAAUUCCCGAAGAUCAAAAAAAUUCCGUAAAAGAACAAGAUGAGGGAGAUAAGGCUGAAAAGGAUGAAGAGGAUACGAAGAAAAAUUCUGAUUUAGAUUCCAAAACGAGCGUAGAUGCAACCACAACACAAGCGGAAGAUGCUGAUACGUCCGGAAUUGAUACAGAAAUUGAGUCACAUAAACAGUACGAGGGCAAAAAAGAGAUGACAAAUUCCCCUACCAUUGCAGAAAAUGAACCUAAGGAAUCUCUUGGAAAACAGGAUUCGGAUAAAAACUUAGCAAGUAAUGGAGCUUUCGCGACUUCUAAACUAAGCAAUAGUGGCGAAUCCGAGGUAGCUGAUCCUGAUGCAUCUGUUGAAAGUGAUAGACAGAAUGUUUCAUCACCUUUGACCAGUAAUGUGGCGGCGGAGCCAAUAUGGCAGCAAGCAAGCGAUUACGACCCUACGAGGGAAGAUCAAAAGAAAAAAGAAUUAAAAAACAACUCCGACGGAGAUAAUCAAAAUGAGUCACUAGAGAAGAUGUCACCAUCGACCGGGAUAUUGAUCCAGAAGCUCAUAAGCACUACAAACCAAAAGCAUUUAGCUGAGUACCUAUCGAGUAAGAUAGAGUUCAUUAGAUCACUUUAG